AUGCAGGCUGAGGAAUACAACCGCAGAGGUAAGGAGCUGGUGGACUACAUCACAUGCUAUCUGAGCUCCAUCAGGGAGAGGAAGGUGAUUCCAGAUGUGAAGCCGGGUUACAUGAAGGAGCUUCUCCCUGAUGCUGCACCCACAGAGCCGGAGAGCUGGGAGAACAUCUUCAACGACAUCGAGAAGGUCAUCAUGCCCGGAACGGUUCAUUGGCAGAGCCCUCACAUGCACGCCUACUUCCCAGGUCUGACCUCGUGGCCCUCCAUGCUCGGGGAAAUGCUGGCCGAUGCCAUAAACUGUAUUGGAUUCACUUGGGCCUCCAGCCCAGCCUGCACAGAGCUGGAGAUGAACGUGAUGGAUUGGUUGUGUAAAGCUCUGGGGCUCCCUUCUUUCUUCCUUCACCACCAUCCUGACAGCAGAGGAGGAGGAAUACUGCAGGGCACUGUCAGUGAGAGCACACUGGUGGCUCUGCUGGCUGCAAGGAAAGACAAAAUCUUACAGCUACGUGCAGAGAUCGAUCAGGAUGUUGACGACUCAGUCCUGAAUUCGAGACUGGUGGCUUAUGCUUCGGAUCAGGCUCAUUCCUCGGUUGAGAAAGCAGGUCUGAUCUCUCUGGUGAAGAUCAGGUUUCUUCCCACUGAUGAGCAUUUAUCUCUGCGAGGUGACACUUUGAAACAAGCUGUACAGGAGGACAGGAGGAGAGGGCUGGUCCCGUUCAUGCUGUGUGCAACUCUGGGAACCACAGGAGUGUGUGCCUUCGACAGUCUCUCUGAAUUGGGACCAGUCUGUCAUAAGGAGGGACUGUGGCUUCAUGUGGACGCUGCUUAUGCCGGUGCAGCGUAUUUAUGUCCAGAGCUCCGCUGGUCUCUGGAGGGGAUCGAAUUCUCUCACUCUUUUGUUUUCAACCCGUCUAAGUGGAUGUUGGUUCAUUUUGACUGCACAGCUUUCUGGGUGAAAGACAAAUACAAGCUCCAACAGACAUUCAGUGUUGAUCCAGUGUACCUCAGACAUGAUAACUCACAGGCAGCAACAGAUUUUAUGCACUGGCAAAUUCCCCUCAGCAGACGUUUCCGUUCACUCAAACUCUGGUUUGUCAUGCGCUCCUUUGGACUAAAAAACCUCCAGGCUCAUAUCAGACAUGGAAUCGAGAUGGCAAAGCUCUUGGAGUCUCACAUAAAGGGUGACCCAAAUUUUGAGAUUCCUGCAGAGAGACACCUUGGCCUGGUGGUCUUCUGUCUGAAAGGAGGAAAUGCUCUGACCCAGGAGCUGUUGAGGAGACUGACCCGCACAGGCAGCAUGUAUCUCAUCCCUGCAGACAUUCACAACAAACGCAUCAUCAGAUUUACCGUGACCUCACAGUUCACCACAGCAGACGACAUCCUGAAAGACUGGAACCUCAUCUCCAAAACGGCUUCCAAUCUUCUAGCUGAAAAAAAAACUCUGAAUAAUAAAGAGCAAACAAAACAAGGGAAAGACGAGAUGAUAAGAGCAGGAACAAAACAAGACGACAGCUCAGACGCUCUCGGAGAGGUAGCUGUAUCCAGACAGGACAGGGCUGAGGUGGAGCUGUGGAUCGACAAGGCUUGGGAUCGAUCGAGGAAGCCAAUGCGUUCUCUCAGCUGCAACAGCGAGCCUCUUCCAUGCACCUACAUCGGGCCCAUGUCUGGCUACGACUUUAAACCAAGAUCUAUUCCUAAAGGUGCUGCAGGUGCUCUCCAAACACCAUCAACAACAGGACAUGUUAAGAUCACAGAAAUGCCUUCAAAUGUUCUGGGGAACCAGGUCCUGAAAAAGCUGACAAAGUUCUACAGCGUGCCAAGUUUCUGCAACCAAUGGGUGCAGAGCGGCCGACACCCGCUCUGCUGCCCUGUGAGGGUGUCACAAACAGCUCAGAAACACUUGUCCCCUUCCUGCAGGAGGAUGAACUGCAUGUCCUCUUCUCCUGUGGCUAAAACAGGUCAAUCUCAGACUCAAAUGGAAUCUGCCAAUGCUCCUACGCUCCUGUAAUGUACUUGAAAGCAGCAUUUAAAUCAUUUACACACACUCGUUCAGCUAUGAGUGGCUAAGUUAUUGUUCUGUAU